AUGACCGAGCAUCCAGCCUACCAAGUUGCAGCAUGGAUGGUCCACGAUGAGGACGACGACGGCGAACUCGAAAUCAGGACCAACAACGGUCGAACCUUCUAUUGUAGCAUUGAUCCAAACGAUUUCCAACGCUCCCCGAAUGUCAAGGAGGCAUACAUGCGCUGCCUAAACCUGCUUCGAUCAGGCGACCUGUGCACUGACGACGGUUUUUCAGUAAAUGAGGCACUGGACUGGAUGCUGAGCCUGUUUAGCCCUCUCGUCUGUCAGCUCGCGCCCUUGUUGCACCAGGUGUCGUCGUUAAGUUCGCAAACCACCCUGGCGCAGUAUCUCUACGCACCGAUGUUCUUUUGCGGCGUUAAGGCCGUAAACGAAAAGGUAACUCCCUAUACCUUGAAGGAACUGGAUUACGGCCUUGGUCCCCGCAGUAUAUUUGUCCGCAGGGAACCAUUUUUGAAAGAUCUGAGCGCAUGGACACGGUGCUAUACCCCAGAGGAUGUCGUCUUGUCCUACGACAGAGUUGAGGACAUCCUGAUCAAGUACCCCCGAAAGGUGGUUGUUGUUAACGAGAAUCAACAAGCAGUCACCUGCUUUUACAAACCUUGUGAAGGAUCAGCAAGCACCCUUCGAGAGCUCAAGACCUUCCGGAAGCUCAAGGUUACGUCUGCUAGCAACCCUCUUUCGGCUGGCACCCGCUUCAGUCGCCUGCACGGCAUUGUUGUCUCACGCGAUGGGAAAGAGCUGUUUGGAAUGCUAUUCUACUGGAUAAAUAUUGCAGGCUUGCUCUCACCGGAGCAAGCUGCGCAAACCUCGGCCCAAAGGCGGCAGAGCUGGGCGAGAGAUAUGAAACGAUCGGUGAAGGAGUUGCAUGCGAGGGGCAUCGUUUGGGGGGAUGUGAAGGCUGCAAACGUUCUUAUUGAUACCCACAUGAAUCUUUGGAUCACAGACUUUGGCGGAGGUUGCACGCCCGGUUGGGUAGAUCGGGAGAAAGCUGGGACGAUAGAGGGAGAUUGGCAAGGUUUGGCUAGGAUAUUGUCUUUCCUCGAAUAA